AUGGCUGUUACUCAGGAGCCAAGCGCGAGGCCGGAGGCGCACGAAACAACGCCUUUACUAUCUCGCACAAAGUCGGAAGAAGAAGAAGAAGAAGAAGAAGAAGAAGAAGAAGCAAGAGCUGGAUCGCGGAGUGUUUCCAUACAGUGGCGUCUCAUGCUUUGCGCGUUCCUCGUCUCACUGUCGUUCAGCAUCACUCAGGUGCCAAUGCUCUAUGUCAUCCGUCUGAUGACAUGCGACGCAUACUACGAGGAUGAACGCCACGUGCGCGACCCCACGGCCAGAGACGUCUGUGCCAAACACGAGAUAGAAGCGAGCACGGCGCGAGCCUGGGCGCUGCUUGGAGGCUCGACGACGUUGUUUGGUCUGGUCAAUCUGCUCAUCACUGGCUGGACGAUCAAGCGCCUGGGUAUCAAGCGAGCUCUUGUGAUCCAGGUUCUCUGGCCUGCAGUAAGGUUGCUUGUGCAGAACAUUGGUGUGUCAAAGGGGUCCAGUGCAGGCAUUAUGAUCCUGCAGGCCAGCCAGAUCAUCACGAUUGCUGGUGGACCUAACGGCUAUGUGCUUGCACUGAACUCCUUUGUGGCUGAUUUCGUCGAGCAUGAGGGCCGCACAAGUGCACUGGGCCGUCUGCAAGGGUGCAUGUUGUUCGGUUCUGCUGUUGGCUUCUUGAUCGGCGGACUGGUUGGAGACUCAUUUGGAAUUGUGGCGCCGUUUCGUAUCACCGUGGUCUUGUUCCUACUGUCCUGUGUUUACGUCGCAGUAUGCCUCCCUUCUACGUCGCCGCAUGAGAAGAUAGACAACCAUCUAAGCCAGCCGGCGGCUGGCUUGGGCCGCUUUUUCGGGCCGCUCCGGAUAUUCGCACCGCAGAAAUGGACGCUGGUCGACGGCCGCACAAGUACGCAAUUCGGUGCUCUGACUCUUGGUCUUGGUGUCUUUCUAGGUAUCCUGGCUACUGGCUACAUACCUACGGCCCUUCAGAUGUAUGCCACCGACGUGUUCGGAUUUGGCACCGGGCGCAACGGCUGGCUCAUCUUCAUGUACUCUUCUUUGCGGGGGUUCUUCUUGUCCUUCAUCUUCCCUCGUAUCAUCUCGGCGGGGAGAAACUGGCUCGAGCCAAACAACGCGGUCCCAGCCAAAUCGGCAGAAGACGAACCUCUGUUGAGCGACUCACGCCUACCAACAUCACCCAACGAGAUCGGGCCCGUCGAGCCGACUGUGGCGCCACGGCGUGAAGAGAAUCAGACGUUUGCGUUUGAUCUCAUGUAUGCGCGAUUCAGUCUACUUCUAGACGGUGUUCUGACAGGACUUGCUGUGUUUGUGACCCAGGGUCACCAGCUCUACAUAGUGGCGGCUGUGCUCCCGCUUGCAGGUGGCACAGCGGCUGCUUCGAAAGGCACAAUCUUGCAGAUGCUCCCUAGUCAUCAGCGCGUAGAUGCGCUGAGUGGGAUCACCCUUGUUGAGAACAUCGCAAGACUUUCCACCACUGCAGUAUUCGGUCUGGUCUUUGCAGCGCUCGCGGAGGUCGGGAGAAUCCCCUUGAUUUUUGUGUGUAACGCUGCUGUUGCAUUGCUUGGCUUCGCGGUUCUACUCUUGUCCAGAUUUCCACCAAAAGGCAGUCGGAGAGUUGAUCUUUAG